GCAGGGGGUUAUUUCAGAAUAUGAAUUUUAUUGGUUCUCAGAGUGGAGUUUGUGGACCACCAGGAGUACUUUGUAGAAAUACCUUGGAGGGAUAAAAGCGAUUUUAAAAGUCACUUCAAUAACCUUAUUUAAAAUCAGUUAUUUAAAAGGUAGGCACCAUAUUCACUUCCAGUCCAGGUCAACUGAUGUUUGGUCACGUGAUGACGUACACAAUGUGUGAUUGGUUGCAUACUUGCAGCCACUUCCUAGUUAAGAUGGCCCCUCAUUGAUGCAAACCAUUUGCCUGAUGAAGGUCUGGCACUGCAAAUAAAUGUACUUUUGCAAGUUAGACAGUGUGCGGGAGGCUGAAACCGAAGCAGCUAAGUCAGGGGUCAGCAACCUUUACUAUCAAAAGAGACAUUUUAGUCAAAAUAAAGAAAAGAAAAUCUGUCUGGAACCGCAAAACAUUUGAGCAUCGUGAUGAAGACCUCCGCAGCUCCUCCAGGCCGCCGGAGGUCGCUGUGCUGCAGGCCGGCAGCAGCGCUUCAUUCUGGGGCUUUUUGUUCCCCUCAUCUCGUCCUCGGUGCGCUGUCCACUUCAGCACCACAAGCCGAGCAGAGGCAGCGGGCUGCUGCUAGAGCUAAACGCUGAAGAGGAGGAAGGGCUCAAAACAUCAGCACCAGAGUCACAACAUAUACAGAAAAUAACCUACAAUCUCCUCCAGACACCGACGAGGCUGCAGAGAAGAGUUCAGUAAUCAUGUACGAUGCGGCGAGGGUGCCAUCUCCUAAGGAUGGCGCGAACGGGGUGGCCCAGCCCGUGGUCCCCGGAGCCGGAACGGGAACGGCUGCGGGACCAGGUGGGCCGACGCCGACCGCCGUCCUACAAGCCAAAACUGAGGAGGGACAGCCAGGUACAGAAGAGGAGGAGGAGGAGGAGGAGGAAGAGGAGCCCAAAGCAGAGCCAGUCCUGGUGAAAAAGCCACACAGAGAGAUUCUGGACCAUGAGAGGAAGAGGAGGGUCGAGCUCAAGUGUAUGGAGCUCCAGGAGAUGAUGGAGGAGCAGGGGUACACAGAAGAAGAGAUUCGACAGAAAGUGAGCACAUUCAGACAGAUGCUGAUGGACAAGGAGGGCGUUAUCACUAGAGAGGGUUCACACACACAACCAGGGGUCAACCACCUGCACUACCAGCCCGCCGAGUACGAAGAGAACCCUGAACUGGUCGGCUAUGAAGAUGGAGACUAUGAACACGAUUACCACAGUGACAACCGAGUGAAGAGGAAAUCAAGCAGCUCUCCAUCCCCGCGUCCAAAGAAAAGGAAGAAGAAGAAAUCUGGCCGCCGAAGGAGCCGGUUCGGCAGCUCGUCACCCACUCACAGAGAGAAGAAGAAGAAGAGUGGGAAGAAACACAAGCGAGACAGAUCUGCAUCUGGCUCCAGGAAAAAGAGGAGAUACAGAUCGGGCAGCCCAAAGAACAAACACAAAGACAAGAACAAACAGAAAAAGAGGUCACCCGGUGAGACCCCCAGUAGGAGUUCACAGCGUCAAGGCAGCUGCUGUAGCUCCCGUAGCGCCUCCGUGUCCUCCACACGGAGCACCUCCAAAUCUCCCGCCAGACUGAACUCCAAGCACAAGACAGAAGGACAAAAGGCGUCCGGCACCUCGCUGUCCCCGGGCACCAACACCCCCGCCGCGUGGCACAACGGGGACCACACCCAGCGGAGCCGCAACGGCAAGGCCGGCAGACUCAACCACGGCGAGGGCGAGAAAGGGCACGAUAAGCUCCGUCUGCUGACCGCUAGCUCUGCGAGCAUCCAGUCCACUCUGCUGAGAGAGCACAAGCUCCACAGCGCCCCCGGCAGGAGCCAAACGGGACCGAUGUGCGCGCCGGGAGAGGCUGGGAGUGUGGACGGCAGGAACGCGGCUGUAGGGAGCUCCGUCACCCAGACGUCGGGGAGGAGAGGGAGCCAGAGAGGCCCGAAUAAGACCUCCCACUCCCCCGCUCACAGCAGCGACUCGGCCCACUCCCAGCACAACCACACUCACAGAGGGAGGAACUCUCGCCACCAGAGAAAGACAAAAGGUGGCCACUCUUCCAAGCGCCACCACCGCUCCAGUCGGGGUCAGGCACACCACCGGAGCCAGUCAGCAUCCCCGGGACGCCACCCGCACACGUCGGGCAGGAAGAAAGAGGAGUCCCGGAGCAAACCCAACCUCCGGCAGCGCAGCAGCUCCUGGAGCAGCGGGCACUCGUCCUCGCGCUCCGCCUCCAGAGACCGAGGCCCCAGCAAGGCCAAGUCCCCGCACAACAGACAGAACAACUCCAGAGAGAGGGAGAGCCCCAACCGCUCCGACACUGACAGCCGAGCUCGCCGCCGCUCACGCAGCUACUCGCCCAUUCGCAAACGGAGAAGAGAUUCCCCCAGCUUCAUGGAGGCUCGCAGGAUCACCAGCGCCAGGAAGCGGCCAAUCCCGUACUACCGUCCCAGUCCUUCAUCGUCCAGCUACGACAGCAGCCCUUCGCGGUCCAGCCACAGCCGUAGCCGCAGCUACAGCAGCUACAGCCGCAGCAGAAGCCACAGCCGGAGCCACAACCGGAACCACAGCAGGAGCCGGAGCCGGAGCUGGAGCCGGAGCCGCAGCCAGAGCCGGAGCUGGAGCCGCAGCAAGAGUCGCUCCCGCAGCCACCACAGUUACUACAGCCGCAGCAGCUACGACAGCCCCGGCUUCUGAACGCAGCACGGAAGGGAAAUACAAAAACAGACAGAGGAGAAGUCCUGUUACAUUUACUGUGCUUUGGUUUGACCAUGAUCUACAACACAGUGCUGUACCGUCCAGGGCCCUAGACCACUAUCCCUCUCCAACGCAGAGCCCGUAUCAAAG